AUGAAUCGAGAUAUUCCUUUGGAUAUUCCCACCUCGAUUGAAUCAGGGGUGCCAAACCUUUCCCUGAACUUCUAUGAUGCCCAGUCUAGCUUUGACUUUCAGAAUGCUAUUCUAUCCCUUGAUCUUGAAGAGCUGCACCUGGCUUCCCAGGUUGGGGAUUGCAGAAAAAUCACGAACACCCAAGACCCUGAAGACUACAAGACUUGCUUCCAUGUCUACCAAGAACUCUGGCCCGAUGAUUUUCCUGCUGGGUUUGAGAUCAAAGGAGCUGAGCCAUUCAGGGAACUGGGGGUGAUGGGAGAAUCCUCAAUGUUUAUCCCCCUCUUUGCUGCAGAACAGGAUCCAUCCCUUGUCUCUUAUGUUGGUUUGAGAGGACAGGAGAAUAGGCAUAAGAUUGCUGAGACCUUCAAGCGACCAACCCGUUGGGGGCAGUACUGCCGGGAAGUGUCCCCAACAAGCUGUGCCGAAUCAGAUCCCAUAGCACAACGAGCACCAGAAACAGUAGAGGAAGAGAACGGCUUUUUUGUGGAGGGAUUCUACAAUGGCCACUUUCGUCACACCGAAGAGAGCAACUGUGACAAGUAUCCAACAAAUUGUACUGGCCACUUUGUGGACUAUGAUUGUAAUUAUGCUUCUUUUGCACAACCAAAUGCACACCACCUGGAUAUUGCCUUUGCCUUUGAAGGGCCGGAGCCAAAUGGCGGCUAUGCCUUGGCUGAAGCUGUCCAAAUUUGGGCUGCUGCCAAUGCCACAAAAUCCCCUGUGGCUUUCAUGUGGUUUGCUCCAGAACCAAUGCUUGAGUCAUUCAUAGGGACAGAGGCUGAGUUCACAAAGGUUCUAUUUCCAACAGCAACACAGGACUGCAUUGACCACCGCAUUGACUUUCGUAUUCUUUGUGAUCCCGAAGCCACAUUUGAGGAGAAGAUGGGGGAUCCACGGGGUGUCUGUGACACAUAUCCACGUGCCCUAAAGAAUGCUAUUAGCAGUGGUGUGGUUGACAUAUCUUCGAGUAUUGGAAAGAGCAGGGCAGAGACACAUGGAACUUUGAUCCAAGGGCAGCCGUUUGCCAGUGGGUUGGUGAGAACUUGGAAUAUCUUCAAGCCUACAUCCCAGAAUCCCAUCCCCGAGUAA